AUGAACACGAGCUUCUUCCAGAUACUAAAAGCAAAAAAAGAACUCAUUCCCCUGGUUGGAGUAGUGUCCUUCGCAGCAGUCGGGGCGCUCUCUUUUUGUGUCUAUUCCCUGUUCAGCAAAUCCGAUGUGAUCAUUAACAAGAGUGGCAAUCCAGAACCGUGGGAAACUGUCGAUCCUACCAAGCCUCAGAAGCUAUUAACAAUCCAUCAGAAAUGGAAACCUAUAGAAGAGCUGGAAAAUGUCAGAAAGCUUACGAAGUGA